GCGAAACAACAUUGGGAUAUAAAUAUACUGGAGAAACAGCACCAGAUGUAAAUGAACAUGCAAAUACUCCGGAAGUUACGGGGAACAAUUCUGCCCCUUUCAUUUUAACCUCAGAAAAUCAUCCCGCUCUUGCUAAUCCAUCCCAAGAAAACUCCACUCCGGUUGCUUCAUCCCCAGGAAAUUCCGCUCUCCAUAUUUUAUCGCAGGAAAACUCAGCAUUUGUGCCGGUUACUCGUCCCGCAGAAAUGACAGAACAGGAUGACGGAAUACAGCAAAUGUCACAGCAGAAUUUACCUCCGAUAGGUUCUGUUCUGAGGCAAAUAUUCGCAGCUCAAUUAUUGGAUCGAUUUCAGCGCAUAGAAUAUCUGAUUAUGAACGCUUAUAUCAUUAACUGUGGACGAUGCCUGCCACAGGAAGUAUACUUACCGUUCAUCUUUGGAGUAUAUGGCGCUGAUUAUUGUCUAUCGGAAUGGUCGGAUGUGCAACUAAGAGAUGUUAUGAUCGUACUUCUACAACCGCCAGAGAUACUGCUUCAAGGCAAAUUACCAACCGAUAUUUCAAUAAAUGAAGUAAAACGGGUUCGACCACCAUGUAUUCAGCGUGCGAUCGCAGCUAUUAGAGAGGAAAAACUGAAGAGAUGCGACAAGAUUGUUGCGCCAUUUGUCCAGCAUAUUUUUAAUGCCAUCUCUCGACAUGACUUCUCAGUGGCUGUUCGAGAAUUCAAAAAGUUUGCUGAUGAUGUAAGAAAUAUGAGUGUCAAAAAUAUCAAAUCGUGA